UUUUUUUGCAGGAGCCAUACCAAAAGAAAUCGGAAACUUGACUCAGCUCGAGGAAUUAUAUCUUUCAUUCAAUGAACUCCAAGGUGAGAUACCAAGUGAAAUUGGUAAUCUUCAUAAUCUACAGCUUUUGGCCCUUGAAUUUAACAACUUAGUUGGUAUGGUCCCGAUAACUCUCGUCAAUAUCUCAACGAUGACACUACUUGCAGUUACCGGAAAUAAACUCAAAAGAAUGAUUCUUCCAUCAAACAUUGAACUUCCAAAUCUCGAGUUACUUUACUUGGGUUUAAAUUAUUUUAGUGGGACAUUUCCCAACUUUAUCACCAACUUAUCCAAGAUCUCCGAUCUAGAUAUUGCAACCAACUCAUUCUCAGGUUUCAUUCCUAUUACAAUUGGCAAUUUAAGAAAUCUUUAAUGGCUUAACCUAGUGGAUAAUUUCUUGACAUCUUCAGUAAAUUUGAGCUUUCUUUCCUCUUUGACAAAUUGCAAGAAUUUAAAACAUCUAGAGGUAAAAGGAAAUCCGCUCAAUGGCAUCCUUCUGAGUUCCAUAGGGAAUCUCUCUACUUCUUUGGAAAAUGUUUACAUGAAUGAUUGCAAUAUUAGUGGCAACAUUCCCAAAGAAAUCAAAAACAUAAACAACUUGAUAUAUAUACAGUUACAAAACAAUGAAUUGAUUGGGUCUAUCCCAGUUACACUUGGUGGGCUACAGAAACUCCAAGGUUUGAACCUUGGAAAUAAUAAAUUAGAAGGAUCCAUCCUGGAUCAUCUUUGUCAUUUGAAUCAAUUAGUUGACUCGCAACUAUAUGAUAACAAGAUUUAUGGAUCCAUACCUGCAUGCUUGGGUAAUCUCAAUACCCUAAGAACCCUAUCGUUAGCCUUCAAUAGGUUAACUUCUAUCAUAACCUCAACUUUAUGGCAACUUAAGGACAUCUUGCACUUUAAUUUUUCAUCAAAUUUUCUAAAUGGAUCUCUCCCAUUAGAAAUUCAAAAUCUAAAAGUUGUGGUAGAUAUAGAUUUGUCAAAGAAUUUUUUGUUCGGCAAUAUUCCAAUCAUUAUCGGAAACCUAAAAAAUCUACAAAAUCUCUCUUUAGGAUCUAAUAGAUUACAGGGCCAGAUUCCUAACUCUUUUGGUGACUCGAUAAGCUUGGUGUUUUUGGAUUCGUCUAAUAACAAUCUCUUUGGAGUUAUUCCUAAGUCUUUAGAAAAACUCUUGUACCUCAAAUAUCUAAACUUAUCUUUCAACCGAUUGAGUGGUGAAAUUCCUACUGGAGGGUCUUUUGGAAACUUCUCGGUUUAAUCAUUUAGGGGUAAUCUUGCUUUGUGUGGUUCUCACCAACUACAAGUUUCACCGUGCAGAAAAAGCACUCAUCGAAAAUCAAGGACUAAAAAGGUUGUCCUAUCGAUUGUUUUGACACUAAUCAUUGUGUUCACGUUAGUUGCCCUGCUUCUUAAAUUUGUGUUGAUCAAAUGCCUAAAAAAGCCCACAAAGCCAUCUACCAAUGCUGAUAUGUUGCCACAAGAAACAUGGAGGAGAAUUUCUCAACACGAACUAGUGAGAGCCACAGAUGGAUUUAGUAAGAAUAACCUGCUUGGUAGAGGAAAUUAUGGUUCAAUUUACAAAGGAAGAUUAGAUGAUGGGAUGGAGCUUGCAGUAAAGGUAUUCCAUUUGCAUCUUGAAGGAGCAUUUACGAGUUUUGAAGCUGAAUGUGAAGUAAUGAGUCAUAUUUGUCAUCGAAAUCUUGUCAAAAUCAUCAGCAGUUGUUCAAAUGAUGAUUUUAAAUCUUUGAUACUAGAGUACAUGCCCAAUGGGAGCUUGGAAAAAUGCUUGUAUUCUGACAACUACAUUUUGGACAUAUCCCAUAGGUUGACCAUAAUGAUCGAUGUUGCAUCAGCUUUGGAAUAUCUCCAUUUUGGUUACUCAAAUCACAUCAUUCAUUGUGACUUAAAGCCCAAUAACGUCUUGCUAGACGAAAAUAUGGUUGCAUAUUUGAGUGUUUUUGGCAUCACAAAGCUCUUAGGUGAAGAAAACUCUAUGACACAAACACGGACCCUUGCCACCAUUGGUUAUAUGGCGCCAGAGAGAAAUGGAUGAGCUUGCUGCCAACUACCCAUGAAUUGAACAGCCCUGUUUCAAAUAAGUUAUGUGUAAAGAUGAAGCAACCUUUAACUUUUUCUAAGCCUGUGAUGACAAGAAGAGCUUGUAUUGAGUUUUUGAAUUUAAUAGACCUUAAUGUACCGAGGACAAACUAUA